CCUCUGUUUCUUCUCCCCAAAAUCCCAAAGAGAGGAAAGAAGUGGGGAUGGCGAAAUGCAGCAAGAUCCGGCACAUUGCGAGGCUCCGGCAGAUGCUCCGGCGGUGGCGGCUCCGAGCGGUGGCGUCGGCUUCGGCCUCGCGGGGGGCGCCGGCGGACGUGCCGGUGGGGCACGUGGCGGUGUGCGUGGGGAGCAGCUCGCGGCGGUUCGUGGUGCGGGCAGCGCACCUUAACCACCCCGUCUUCCGGCAGCUCCUCCGGCAAGCCGAGGAGGAGUACGGCUUCUCCUCCCACCCCGGCCCCCUCGCCCUCCCCUGCGACGAAUCCCUCUUCGAACACAUUCUUCGCCACCUCUCCUCUUCCUCCUCAUCGUCCGCCCGUUUCCUUACUCUCGAGGACUUCCGGAAGACCUCGCCGGCGUCCUCCUCUUGCUUGUGCUGCUGCUGCCACGUCGGCCACUGGAGUGCCGGGUGGCACUCCGCCGACUCCGUCCCUCUUCUUGCCGAGAAGCCCAACUGGUGACUCAUUGAGGCAUUACGUCAAAUAGUUGGGUGCG